GCGUCGUCCAUGGAAGCAGUAGAACAAGAACAAGAAGCAAGAAGAAAUUUCAACCUGUGCUUGUGACUUGCGUAUGACGUCACGCAAAUAGCAGUGUUGUGCGGUGGUUAUGCAUUCUGUUUGAGUUGUUGGCCGCCAUAGAAAACGCUAGUGCGUGCAAAAUUUCAACGAGUGCGUUUCAAAGUGAAUAUGUGACAAAGGAAACUCGCGUAUGACUCUCCACCUUACUGCUCUGUUGUCGAGAGAAGCAUCCUCAUCCUGUGUACCUCCUCGUGCAGCCGGCUGCCCUUCACACAGUUAACAAAAAAAAAGAAUAAAGAAAAUACGAAAAAGCAGCGUGGCUCGCUCAAGGACUACUAUAUUAUAACCCGCCCUACGUGAAAAAAGAAAUUCCAAAUCUCGUGAAAUUCCUUUUUUUAAUCUACUUAUAGAAAACAAAUAAUUCCGAAACGCUUCUUUUCUCCUCGCGACGAACACACUUUCGCGUAGUUCGAGAUGGCCGGUAAGUAGCAGCUAAACCGGAGCCUAGCCUAGCUGUGGAUCUCGAAAGUCUCUAAAAAAUUGACGAAAAAGUUCCGCGCGCGCCAGGUGUCACACCAAGUUUUCCUUCUUUUUUUGACCCCUUCGUUUUAAUGCCCACAGUUUCUUUUUUUGCUCAAACACAUCAUAAUUCUUUGUAAUAUUUUAUUUGCUUGCCUGAAAAUUUUCGACUUCAAACUACUGCGGCAUAACGAACCUUGACCUAAAUUUAUAUUACACGGACGUCUAUCUUCUAUUGGUGUACUUCGUCGCUAAGCUCAGCACUUCCGGAUACUCUAAUUCCGCAUCCUCAUCAAAAGGCGCUUCUCGUCUGAUAACACUAUAAUAUUAUUUAACGUCGUAACGACACAGACGAGAGUGUUACUACUACUUAUAGUGCUAUAGUGUAAUUUCACAACGCCGGAUCCAACAACUUAUUCUACUCCCCCAAUAUUUCUCCUCCUCUUUCCAGUUUUUACUUGACCACCUCCGCAAAACCGGGGGCAGAUGUACCCUAAGAAACCGUUGGCGGUCUAAAGACACACGAUGGAUUGCGGCGAAACUUCAAGUAAUGGCGAUAUCCAAUGGUGUUUCUCUCAAGUAAAGGGAGCCUUGGAAGAUGAUGUCACUGAAGCUGACAUUAUAUCGUGUGUUGAAUUUAACCACGAUGGCGACCUUCUUGCAACGGGAGACAAGGGUGGCCGAGUAGUUAUUUUCCAAAGGGACCCAAUUAGUAAAAACAGCAUCCCUCGGAGAGGUGAAUACAACGUGUACAGCACUUUCCAAAGUCAUGAGCCUGAAUUUGACUAUCUAAAGUCAUUAGAAAUAGAAGAAAAGAUAAACAAAAUCAGAUGGCUAAAGAGGAAAAAUCCAGCACAUUUUCUGCUUUCUACAAAUGACAAGACCAUCAAAUUAUGGAAAGUUUCUGAACGAGACAAAAAAGUCGAGGGCUAUAAUACUAAGGAGGAAAAUGGCUCUAUUCGUGAUCCUGCCUGCAUUACUGCCUUGAGGGUACCUUCUAUUAAACCAAUGGAAUUGAUGGUCGAGGCAUCACCAAGGAGAAUAUUUGCUAAUGCGCACACUUACCAUAUAAACAGUAUAAGCGUCAACAGUGACCAAGAAACAUACCUCAGUGCCGACGACCUUAGAAUUAAUCUUUGGCAUCUGGAAAUUACUGACCAGAGUUUCAAUAUCGUAGAUAUUAAGCCGACGAAUAUGGAGGAACUUACGGAAGUCAUAACAGCUGCUGAAUUUCACCCAGUUGAAUGCAACCUUCUAGUUUAUAGUAGUAGUAAGGGUACAAUCCGCUUGUGUGAUAUGAGAUCAGCAGCUCUUUGUGAUCGUCACAGUAAGUUAUUCGAGGAACCAGAGGACCCGACUAAUAGGAGCUUUUUCUCAGAGAUAAUUUCGAGUAUAAGUGACGUUAAACUCAGUAACUCCGGCCGUUACAUGAUUAGUAGAGAUUACCUGAGUGUUAAAGUAUGGGACUUGCACAUGGAAACAAGGCCCAUCGAAUGUUAUCCCGUUCACGAAUACUUGAGAUCGAAAUUGUGCUCAUUGUAUGAAAAUGAUUGUAUUUUUGAUAAAUUCGAGUGCUGUUGGAGUGGUAACGAUUCUGCUAUUAUGACUGGUUCUUAUAAUAAUUUCUUCCGAGUUUUUGAUCGUACCACUAAACGAGAUCUUACUUUGGAAGCGGCGCGUGACAUCGCAAAGCCUAAAACACUUCUGAAGCCACGAAAGGUCUGCACUGGUGGUAAACGAAAGAAGGACGAGAUCAGCGUGGACUGCCUCGAUUUUAAUAAGAAAAUUUUGCACACUGCGUGGCAUCCUUCCGAAAAUGUGGUUGCUGUUGCGGCUACUAAUAAUCUAUUUCUAUUCCAAGAUAAGCUUUAGCACAUCUGUAUGCAGAUAGUACAACGGUAUAUAUUGACGUAAGCGUGGCACGCAAAAGCCACAAGCUUCGGAUGGAGCAACGAGUGUUAUAGUAUGAUUGAUAAUGGACGAAAGACAACAACAGUGUGUACUCCAAAAUAAAAAAAAAAAUAAAAAAAUGUUGACGGACUGAAAGAAACGAGAAAAUGUAGAGAGCGUCCUGUCUGAGAAACAACACUUCAUCCCUCAUCAAAUAUUCGCGUCUACUCGAAAAUAUUCACAACCAUGCUCGCACAGAAAAAAAACAAUUUACCGCGUGAAUACUUGUACAUAAAAAAGAAUGCAUACAAAUCCGAAUACAUCAUAAGAUUCUAAAAAAGAAAAUUGAGUCUGAUAGCUCAAACUAAUUGUAUCGAGACACUAAAACAACAACAACAACAACAACGCGUGAUAUUUCCAGGGAAUUAUUUCCCUGAUUAAUUCAACAAAAAUUGUCUCAUGUUUGCAAAAUCGUCAAAUCUAUAAUUGAUUUUAAAUCGCGAUAUCAUUUAUUGUUCCAUUAUGAUCGCAAAUUUUUCAACAAACUAAUAAUUAAUAUUGAAUAUUUGGCAAAUUUGUACUCGAGAUUUUUCUAAUGCAAACAUUUAUCGUACACACGAGUUCUCGUCGGUGAAACUUUCCAUAUUUGCAUAUUAAAGUAAAGAAGAAAAUAAAAAUUUUUUCAGUAAAGCAAAACAACAACAACAAAAGUAAAUAAUACAUAUAAAAAAAAGAAGUGUUAAAAAUAAUCUUGUAAUUAAUUCGAUAUAGAAAAUCAUAAAUUGACUGAUUGAACGUUUAUAUUUGCGAAAGUUACACACAGCCGCCUAAUUCAAGUUAAGAACGAAAAUGCUACAAUCAAAAUCGCUUAAAUUAUUAUACAGAAAAUAAAGAGAGAAAAAAAAUAGCUAUGACUUACGAAAGACAAAUUUAAAAAAAAUAGUUUUUUCCUUGUUUCAAUAAAAUAUUUAAUGAGAAAAAAAAUUGUUCUUGUAUAACGCAAUAUUUAAUGUCACACAAGCCAUUAUCAUUUCAUUUAGAAAGAGAUAUAAAGUGAAUUUUAUUUUCUGUAGAUUAAUUAACUUCCUUUUCAUGCGAGUCUGAUUCAUGUACAACGUUUUAUUGGUCAGAGUUUCAGACAAUUUUUUUAUUUUCUUUCUUUUAAAUUUCGAAUUUAUUACAAUAUACAAGGCCUACAAUUUUAUUUUUAUUUUUAUAAUAAAAAUUUACCUCUACAAAUAAAAUAUUAACCGAGCCGUUUUCUAUGGAAGAAUUUUUCGAGAAAUGUUCAAUGAAUAAUAAUUGUUAAUUUUCUUUUUUUUUUAAAUUUCUUUCGCAUGUCAUUAAAAAAAGCAUUCAUUGGAUUUAUAUUUUAUUUCUUUUUGCAACGCAUAAUCCUUGUAUAAAUUUAAAUCAAUUUUUUUUAGACUUAUCAUUAAUGCGAAGCUGGACUUGCGUAAUAAUGUAGUACUGCAUUGAAAAAAAAAAUAAUUCAAAUAUGCAA